UCGAACUGUGGGUGUCUUGUGUUGCUUGCCUUGUUUUCAGUUACUUACCCACUUUUCCUUCUUAAUUAAUCCGUUGUGUUGUUCUUCUCCCAAAUGGAUCUUAGCAUCUACUUUUCUCCUCCUUUUAUCAUGUCCUGUAAUUUUCCAGUUGAAGAGGCAAGGGAGUUGUGCUGCUCAGCAGCUUCAGCACUUAUAAUCAAACUGUUCUAUGCAAUCUUUAUCUUUAUAUUUGCUGUGGUGGGAGCAACUUUAGGAGUCCUGACUGGAGCUUUUGUUGGGACGAAAACGAAGAUGGGUUGUGUUCAAGGAGCCGUGGUUGGAGCCAUAAAGGGCGGCUUUUUCUCCGUCAAUCUCUUCAAAAUUUCAGUCAGAGUUUGCAGUUCUGAAGAUGAUAUGGCGACGAUGUAUCUCCUGCGAUCGGUAAAUGCAUUUGAAUCUACACUGGACCAAGUCGUAUGGAAUGAAGGGCUGCCAAAGGACUCAAUAGCAAAAAUCCCAAAGAUGAGAAUCACCGAAGAUAACGUAUGGGAUUCAUUCAGGAACAGAAUCUCUUGUUCGAUUUGCCUCGAGGACUUCACACCGGGAGAAAUAUUCCAUAGCUUGCCACAAUGUCGCCAUAUGUUUCAUAACUCCUGUAUUCAACAGUGGUUAGUAGACCACAAAUAUUGCCCUUUAUGCAGGAGACAAUUGGUAUUAAUUUGAUUCUUGCUCACAAAGUUUCAAUUCAUUGCAAUUAAACGAGACACGAGGACAGACACCGAAAUC